AGUGGCGGUGGGUCACGUGGGCGGAGAUGGCGGCGCCGAAGCUGCGCGUGAACGAGGCGUUCGCGGAGCGGCUCCGGCGGCAGCGGGAGAGGGAGGAGCUGCGGCGGCUGCAGGAGCGCUACGGGGAUACCGGCGACGGCUCCAGCUCCGAGUCUGAGUCCGAGUCCAGCGGGGACGAGGUGCCCGUGGACCCCGUCCAGGAGCGGGAGUUCUACCGGACGCUGGCGCUGCUCAAAACCCGCGACCCCCGGAUCUACCGCCCCGACGUCACCUUCUACACCCCCAGAGACUCCUCAUCGUCCAGCGAGGAGGAGGAGGAUGAAGAGCGCCCGGCGAAGCCCAUGUACCUGAAGGACUAUGAGAGGAAGGUGGUGCUGGAGAAGGAGGGCAAAUACGUGGAUGAAGAGGAUGAGGAGGAUGAGGAGGCAGCAGCCGAGCGGAGGAAGGUGGGUUUGGGGGGGAAAGGGGUUGGGGGGGGGUAG